GUACCGCCCUGCGCUUAUGUUCAAGGGUUGGCGACGUUGCGAGCGGCGGGUCCCCCAGAGACCAAGUUCACGUGCGCCAUCACCUGCUAGAACUCCCAAGCGUAUUGGCGCUGGCAACCAGCGGAACACGAGGGAGGCACCACCUGCAUGAGGCCAGGCCACCGGUCUGCGCCUGUGUCCAAGGAGUGGCGCCGUUGCGAGCGGCGGGUCCCCAGAGACCAAGUUCACGGACGCCACUUCGUGCCCCAACAAUGCCCAGAGAGUGUCGGCGCUGUCCAUCGGCGGACACUGAAGGGGCAAUCGGGGUUCUGGUAGAACCGGAACCCGAGCCAAAGGGCAGCAGUUGACGAGCAACGACAGCAGAGACUGAUCAUCCUGGCUCAUCGUAUCCUCGCUUCUGCCUGCAAAUCUGAGUGCCCAGCCGCAGCGACGGCGGCACGUCAGCGCGGUCAGCCGCACGCCCCAGUGGCGGCGGCACCGCAGCAGUGCUUGCGGCCGCACGUCUCAAUGGCGGCGGCGCAUCAGCACCUUCAGCCGCACGCCCCUGAGGCGGCGGCGCCACGGCAGUGCUUGCGGCCGCACGUCUCAAUGGCGGCGGCGCAUCAGCACCUUCAGCCGCACGCCCCUGAGGCGGCGGCGCCACGGCAGGGCUUGCGGCCGCACGUCUCAAUGGCGGCGGCGCAUCAGCACCUUCAGCCGCACGCCCCUGAGGCGGCGGCACCACGGCAGGGCUUGCGGCCGCACGUCUCAAUGGCGGCGGCGCAUCAGCACCUUCAGCCGCACGCCCCUGUGGCGGCGGCGGCGCCACGGUAGUGCCUGCAGCUGCACGCGUCGGCGGCGGCGGCGCAGCAGCAUCUUCCACCACGCGCCUCCCCAGCGGUGGCACCGCGACAGUACUUGCGUCCGCACGCCCCCACGCACGGCGGCGCAUCAGCACCUUCAGCCGCACGCCCCAUCCAGUGGCGGCGGCACGUCCUGGACGGGGACACGAGAACGGCCUGUGACCGCACGCUUCAAUGGCAGCGGCACAGCGUCACACUCAGCCGCGCGCCUCCUCGGCGGCGGCACGGCAUCAGCGCAUCUGGCCGCGCGUUUCUGAUUUGACAGCGCGCUCAGAGCACCUGCGGCGGAGGUACAGCCGUCAGCAGCAGUUAGCUGCACGCCCCCCCCCGGGCGCCAGCAACAUCGGCAAGGGCACGUCAGCGACGGCCCUCAGCAUGCAGGCGGCAGCAGCAUCACGGGUCAGGCGUCCCGACUGCAUUUCUCUUUUCAGGCGGUGGUCACCGAUCACCUUGGCACAUCAGCACAUUUAGCCGCACGCUUCCGUAGCGGCGGCCCAUCGGCUGUCAGUGUGGCCGCACGCCUCCGCGGAGGCGGCACACUGAUCGCCACGUCCAGCCGCAUGCCUCCGCGGCUACCGCGAAGGCACACCGCCGGCGCAAUUAGUCGCACGCCCUCAUAGCGGCGACGAUACACACCAGUGCAAGUGACCGCGCAUCUCUGCGGCGGCGGCACGUCAACCAUAGUUCACUGCUCGCCCCAGAGGCGGCAGCAAAUCAGCGCCAGCGGCCGCAUGCCUUCACGCACGGCGGCGGCGCAUCAUCAGCACCUCCAUCUCCAGUCUUCAUCAUAUGCAGCUCCUCUGCCUCCUGUCCCAGCGCAUCAGCAACGGCAAGGCAGCUAGCAGUGCAAUCAGUCGCACGCCUCUAUGCUGCGGCGCAACAACAGUCCAUGUGACCGGACGCCUCGGCGGCGGCGACACAUUAGUACCUGCCUCCACCUUCGGCCGCACGUCCCAGCAGCGGCGGCGGCACGUCGGCACGUCCCAGCCGAAGGCAUGAGAAGAGCUUACGGCCGUACGCAUCUGCAGUAGCUAGCGGCACAUCGGCGCACUCAGCCGCACGCCUCCGUGGCGGCGGCGCAACGAUAGUGCGCGUGACCGCAAGCUUCCGGCGCGGCGGCACAGCGGCACGCUCAUCAGCGCGCCUCUACAGCGGCGGCACAUCGCCACAGUGAGUGCGUGUGUGGCCCUUCACCAGCACUCGUCACAACCAGCACAGCGCUCACAGCGCAGGCGUCAGCAGCAUCGCCGCACAGCAGUUGUGUCUGUCAUCAGCAUUUUCCUUGUCAAGCACCGACGGCGUCAGCACGUGGACGUCACUCAGCCACACGUCAGCAAUGUCGCAUGUGUGUGUCACCGGCACAGCAUGCGUCACAAACCAGGCGCCACAGUCCAAGGCCCUGUGCCUCAUCAGGGCUGCCGUCACCGAUGGCAGCCAUUUUCAGCCACUAGCGCCAUCCCGUCACACCUAUCGCAUCCACCUUCGUCGCCCAGGCGCGGACACCUUGGGAUCAUCACCACCCGCUGCCCUCAGUCGACAGCGGUCCAGCAGCAGCAGGUCGCCCAGCUGUUCACAAACGGCGGGUACCUACUUGUCUUUUACGUGGAGCUGCUCAUCACCUCCGUAGGAAGAGCAGCGCUGGGGGAGGGUCAGCCUACCGGUAGUCAGCCUUAACGAAGUGGGCGGGAGCCUGGGGAGAAUGUGCGGGAAGCGUGAAGCCAUUCCCACACCAGCACGCAGCAUCAUGUGUCUGUUCUUUAUGCGUGCAGUCUGUGUUUAUCAGCGCCCUAGCGCGCUCUACUUACGCAUCCUUGCUACUUACUCGUGCCCCUCAUCAAGCAACCAGCCCCGCCUCCAUAUGUACGGCGCCGUGGCUGGGGGGGGGACAACCAGCGGGGCACGUCAGGAAGGCGUUUGCCCACCAUAAAUCGUGACAGCUGUCACGCCCUAGCGUGUUACCGUGCAGGGCGUGUCACCAGACUGUUAAUUGACGCGUUGCGAGCAUGAGCAGUGGCAGGAGGGACAAAACCCCGACUCCAGACUCGACUGAGGUGGGUUUUGCCACGCCCGUGCUCAGGGUUUUGCGCACGUCAGCUUAGGACGUGUGUUGCGUAUCUUUGCAUAUCUGCAGGCUGCUCAGUCUCAAAGCAGCAUUAUUAAGUGUGUUGCUUAGCCAUAAGUGUGAGCAAUGCAGCGCGAGAGCUGGUAGAAACGGCCCGGAGGCCUGAGUGCCAGCUGUGUGCGAAGGCGGGAUGGGGCCCAUUCGUGAUUGGGACCUCUUAUAUAGCCUUUGCACGCUCGAGCAAAGCUUGUCUUUGUCUCGAGCUUUUCAAUCUGUUAUAACUUGAUAAGCGUUUUCACAGACAUUAGACCCGCACUGAGGCAAGACCGUGCGCCCAGUGUGUAUGUAACGGCAAGGGCACAUUUGCGGAGCCGUUAGGGCUCGCCUGUGUAAGCCACUCGAGGUUCUUAGAAGGAUGAAUCUCAACCGCACCGCCUGUCUGCGGGUUUGCUGGAGCACAGACCGCGCAGCCUUAGCUACAACCAGCGGGGCACGUCAGGAAGGCGUUUGCCCACCAUAAAUCGUGACACCAACCAACGACGGAGCCGCCUUCGGCCUAUGCUUUCCGACCACUUGGAGUCGGUGGCGGGGUGAAGGCUAUCGGGCUCGGGCCUCGUCGACGGACAUUACGGUGUUUCCGGACGGCGUGUCAACUGGGGUUGCCCUCGCCUCCUACAUCCGAUUAAUCAAGUUGAGGCCGUGUGAGGAUGUCGUUCUGUGUCACAUUCGCCAUUGACGUUUGUGUCUGGAGGUGUAUGUGUUGUAGGGUCGCACAAGCUGGGGUGGGCUGCUGCAAGUGCUACUAGCCUCCUCAACCUAUCCUGGCAGAAGAAGGCGGUGUAAGGAGUGUGCAAC